AAAAAGGAGUUUCUCUCUCCUCUCCCUCUCAUCUCUGUUUUCUUUUUCAUCCUUGUGCCCCCGUUCCCCAAAAUAACGAAAAUCUGACUGCCCUCCACAGUAGUGUUUCUCUCUCCUUCACACACACCACACACCCGUCACACGGCACGGCACUGUCACACAACAUUACAAAGUCGUAGCUCGUCGAGUGCCCUUUUGGGUUUCUCCGUAGUAAAUCACAGGCGCGGUUUUUCGAGGUCCUCUCUCCAAAUACACGUUUAUUGCCUCUGCGAAACCCAGAUGGUGAAAUGCCCUUGCGCGUAAAACGAUUUGAUCUCUCUCUUCAUCUUCAUCGCUUAAUUCGCCAUUACCGUUUUCACUGCCACCGACUUACUUUCUUCAAUCCGUUUCUUCUUCUUCAUCAUCCGCAAGAGAACGCCGAUAUUCGCUAAUGGGUAUCGCCCUUCUGCGAACGAUCCAAGAGUUGCCCAAUUUGGAGCUCGCCUCAAUCUGCGUCAACCUCACUCUCCUCCUCGUCUUCCUCUUCGUCGUCUCCGCCCGCCGGAUAUUCGUCUGCGCCGGCCGAAUUCGCCCCCUCAAGGACGAUUCCUCCGCCGCCGCCUCCGCCGCCCGCCCGAUUCAGCGGAACGACGGAGAAAUUCGAGAGGUUAGAAUCGGCGCCGACUUCAAACUCUCCCUCGUAUGCUGUUUCUAUGUGCUGUUUGUGCAAGUUGUGGUGUUAGGCUUUGAUGGGGUUGGUUUGGUGAGAGACUCUGUGGAAUGGCACAGUGUGGAUUGGUCUGUGAUUUGUUUGCCUGCAGCCCAGGCCUUGGCUUGGUUUGUUUUGAGCCUCUCUGCUCUGCAUUGCAAAUUCAAGGUGUGUGAGAAGUUCCCAUUGGUUUUGAGGGUGUGGUGGUUCUUGUCAUUUGUGGUUUGUGUAUGCACUUUGUAUGUUGACGGUAGAGGUUUUUUAAUAGAAGGAUCAAGAAUUCAGCUUUCCCAUGCCAUUGCAAAUUUAGCAUCAACCCCAGCUCUAGCUUUUCUUUGUUUCAUUGCUUUUAGGGGUAGUUCUGGAAUAGAGGUUUGUAGAGACUCCGACCUUCAGGAGCCAUUGCUUCUUGAAGAAGAAGCUGGGUGUCUUAAGGUCACUCCCUAUGGUGAUGCCGGGCUGUUUAGCUUGGCUACUCUCUCCUGGCUAAACCCUCUUCUUUCGAUCGGGGCAAAGAGGCCUCUAGAGCUGAAGGACAUUCCCCUUCUCGCUCCGAAAGACCGAGCCAAGACUAACUACAAGGUCCUGAAUUCGAAUUGGGAGAAACUGAAGGCGGAGAAUCCGUCCAAACAGCCGUCUUUGGCGUGGGCGAUUCUCAAGUCGUUUUGGAAGGAGGCUGCUUGUAAUGCCGUCUUUGCUGGCUUGAACACUCUUGUUUCCUAUGUUGGACCGUACAUGAUCAGCUAUUUUGUUGAUUACUUGGUAGGAAAGGAGACUUUCCCUCAUGAAGGGUACGUCCUUGCUGGGACUUUCUUUGCAGCAAAGCUGGUGGAGACGAUAACAACCCGGCAAUGGUAUCUCGGAGUGGACAUUUUGGGUAUGCAUGUGAGAUCAGCGCUGACCGCGAUGGUGUAUAGGAAGGGGCUCAGGCUGUCGAGCACGGCUAAGCAAAAUCAUACUAGUGGAGAGAUUGUGAACUACAUGGCGGUAGAUGUGCAGAGGGUGGGAGACUACUCUUGGUAUCUCCAUGACAUGUGGAUGCUUCCGAUGCAAAUCAUUUUAGCGCUCGCGAUUUUGUACAAGAAUGUGGGUAUCGCUUCUGUUGCAACUUUGAUUGCGACCAUAAUCUCCAUUGUUGUCACUAUUCCUCUGGCGAAAGUCCAAGAGGAUUAUCAAGAUAAGUUGAUGGCUGCCAAGGACGAAAGGAUGAGAAAAACAUCCGAGUGUCUGAGGAACAUGAGGAUUCUCAAGUUGCAAGCUUGGGAGGAGAGGUACCGAGUGAUGUUAGAGGAGAUGCGUGGCGUGGAGUUCAAGUGGCUGCGCAGAGCCCUCUACUCGCAAGCUUUUAUCACGUUCAUCUUCUGGAGCUCCCCCAUAUUUGUUUCAGCUGUCACUUUUGGUACUUCCAUAUUGUUGGGUGGCCAGCUCACUGCAGGUGGUGUUCUCUCUGCUCUGGCCACUUUCAGGAUACUUCAAGAACCACUUAGAAACUUCCCUGAUUUGGUGUCAAUGAUGGCCCAGACAAAAGUUUCUCUUGAUCGCAUUUCUGGGUUCCUGCAGGAGGAAGAAUUACAGGAAAAUGCAACCAUUUCCCUUCCGCAGGGUGUCACGAACACUGCGGUGGAAAUUAAAGAUGGUGUAUUUAGUUGGGAUCGUACCUCUCCAAGACCAACAUUAUCAGGAAUACAAAUGAAAGUAGAGAAAGGAAUGCGUGUGGCUGUUUGUGGAAUGGUUGGCUCUGGAAAAUCAAGCUUUCUCUCUUGUAUCCUCGGGGAGAUCCCAAAGAUCUCUGGUGAAGUAAAAGUAUGCGGCAGUGCUGCCUAUGUAUCCCAGUCUGCAUGGAUACAGUCUGGAAAUAUAGAAGAAAAUAUCCUUUUCGGGAGCCCAAUGGAGAAACCCAAGUACAAGAAUGUUAUCCAUGCUUGUCAAUUGAAAAAAGAUUUGGAACUUUUCUCACAUGGAGAUCAUACCAUAAUAGGAGAUAGAGGUAUAAAUUUGAGUGGCGGCCAAAAGCAACGGGUGCAGCUUGCAAGAGCACUCUAUCAAGAUGCUGACAUUUAUUUACUUGACGAUCCCUUUAGUGCGGUUGAUGCGCACACAGGCUCAGAUUUGUUUAAGGAAUACAUAAUGACAGCUUUAGCAGAUAAAACUGUAGUUUUUGUUACUCAUCAAGUAGAAUUUCUGCCUGCUGCUGAUCUGAUUCUGGUACUUAAAGAUGGGCACAUCAUACAGGCAGGCAAAUAUGACGAUCUUUUACAGGCAGGAACUGAUUUUAACACAUUGGUCUCUGCUCAUCACGAGGCAAUUGAAGCCAUGGAUAUCCCCAAUCAUUCAUCAGAGGAUUCAGAUGAAAACUUGUUUCCAGACGCUUCGGUUUCAAAUGGUGGGAAUUGUCAUCCAGAUGGAAAUAACAUUGACAAUUUAGCAAAGGAAGUGCAAGAGGGUGUAUCAGCUGCUGAGCAGAAAGCAAUUAAAGAGAAGAAGAAAGCAAAACGCUCAAGGAAAAAACAGCUUGUUCAGGAAGAAGAGAGAGUAAGAGGAAGAGUUAGCAUGAAGGUAUACUUAUCGUAUAUGGCUGCGGCCUAUAAAGGAUUAUUGAUUCCAUUUAUAAUUAUCGCCCAAGCACUAUUUCAGUUCCUUCAAAUAGCCAGCAAUUGGUGGAUGGCUUGGGCAAAUCCCCAAACAGAAGGGGACAAACCUAAAGUGAGUUCUAUGGUCCUUAUUGGUGUUUACAUGGCCCUGGCUUUUGGGAGCUCUUGGUUUAUAUUCAUUAGGGCUGUUCUGGUAGCUACAUUUGGUCUAGCAGCUGCACAAAAGUUAUUUUUGAAGAUGCUUAGAAGUGUGAUUCGAGCACCAAUGUCUUUCUUUGACUCCACUCCUGCUGGACGAAUCUUGAAUCGUGUAUCAAUUGAUCAAAGUGUGGUGGAUCUUGAUAUUCCUUUUAGACUUGGUGGGUUUGCUUCGACGACAAUACAACUAAUUGGCAUUGUUGGUGUUAUGACAGCAGUUACUUGGCAAGUUCUGCUUCUUGUAAUUCCUAUGGCUGUUGCUUGCCUGUGGAUGCAGAAAUACUAUAUGGCUUCCUCAAGGGAGCUGGUUCGCAUCGUUAGCAUCCAGAAAUCUCCAGUUAUUCAUCUUUUUGGCGAGUCAAUUGCUGGAGCAGCCACAAUAAGAGGCUUUGGACAAGAAAAAAGAUUCAUGAAGAGGAACCUUUAUCUGCUUGAUUGUUUUGCUCGCCCAUUCUUCUGCAGCCUUGCAGCAAUAGAAUGGCUCUGCCUUCGCAUGGAAUUGCUCUCCACCUUUGUAUUUGCUUUCUGCAUGAUUUUGCUCGUGAGCUUUCCACAUGGAACUAUUGAUCCAAGCAUGGCGGGCCUUGCGGUUACUUAUGGCCUUAAUUUAAAUGCACGACUGUCACGGUGGAUACUUAGCUUUUGCAAGCUUGAAAACAAAAUUAUAUCAAUAGAGAGAAUUUACCAAUACAGCCAAAUUCCUGGAGAAGCUCCACUUGUCAUUGAGGAUUCUCGUCCUCCAACUUCAUGGCCAGAGAAUGGAACAAUUGACCUGAUUGAUCUAAAGGUUCGUUACAAGGAGAAUCUUCCUGUGGUACUUCAUGGUGUAUCCUGCAGUUUCCCUGGUAGAAAGAAUAUUGGAAUUGUUGGACGUACUGGAAGUGGUAAAUCUACAUUGAUACAGGCAUUAUUUCGGUUAAUUGAACCAGCAGGUGGGAAGAUCUUAAUAGACAGUAUUGAUAUUUCGUCAAUCGGGCUUCAUGACCUUCGUAGUCGUCUAAGCAUCAUACCCCAGGAUCCUACCUUAUUUGAAGGGACUAUCCGAGGCAAUCUGGAUCCCCUUGAAGAGCAUUCCGAUUAUGAAAUAUGGCAGGCACUCGACAAGGCUCAGCUUGGCGACGUAAUCCGUGAGAAAGAGCAAAAACUCGAUACACCAGUGCUUGAAAAUGGAGAUAAUUGGAGUGUUGGGCAGAGGCAACUUGUUUCCUUGGGCCGUGCACUGCUUAAACAGGCAAGGAUAUUGGUGCUUGAUGAAGCAACAGCAUCAGUUGACACGGCCACAGACAAUUUGAUCCAGAAAAUUAUUCGAACAGAGUUCAAGGAUUGUACAGUGUGCACUAUCGCACAUCGUAUUCCAACUGUCAUCGACAGUGAUCUCGUUCUGGUGCUCAGUGAUGGUCGAGUUGCAGAGUUUGACACUCCUGCACGACUACUAGAGGAUAAAUCAUCAAUGUUCCUAAAAUUGGUAACCGAGUAUUCAUCGAGGUCGAGUGGCAUACCAGAUUUUUAGAUUACAUGGCAUGCCACAGCCAAAAAUCGGAAGGCGGGGCUAGAGAAGAAAACCAUCCUACAUCAGCCGCGGCAUCUGGUGCUGCUGCAUCUCAUAAAUCAAAAGACUAACAGGAAGGACAGAGGUGCAGGCGCUGUUUUAUGACCAAAACCCUUUUGAAGAAUUAUAUAGUUUCUACAUCCAAAGUGAGAGGGAUGAUUCAUCCCGAGGAGAAACUUCGAAAUUUGUUCAAGGUCUGCAUACGUUAUAACAGGGAAAUAAUAAGAUGGUGGAGGCAAGAAUAACACGAGAGAGAAGAAAUGGGCUGCAGAUUUUGUGGUUAGUGAUGUCAAUAAUGUAGCGUUUAGGUUGAAGCAAGAGGUUCUUCCUUCUUAUUCAGUUAGGGGAAUUUGUAGAGCUGGAUUAGUCAAAACUUAAAAAAACCUUUUGUUUUGAAGUUUUUAGUGGCAAGUAGUACAGUUUUAGGCUCUUUGCUAGACUUAUAAAUUUUACAUUUUUGGUUC